AUGCGCAUAUCUUCAGGUGGCUUUAACAAGUUUCAGACGGAAUAUUCCGAGCAUUGCGAGACCAACCUCGACAGCUCCUCGCCCAGCAACUCCCCCCCGGCGUCCGUGCUGGGCCUGGGCGGGCUGCGGAUAAGCUCCGACUGCUCCGACGGCGAAUCCGACCGGGAACCCAGCAGCGCCACCGAGUCGGACGGCAGCCCCAUUCCCAACAAUCAGCCYGCUUUUCCAGUGCAGAUCCUACCUUACCUGUACCUGGGCUGCGCCAAAGAUUCCACCAACUUGGACGUCCUGGGCAAAUACGGCAUUAAGUACAUCCUGAACGUGACUCCCAACCUGCCCAACAUGUUCGAGCACGACGGGGAGUUCAAGUACAAGCAGAUCCCCAUCUCGGAUCACUGGAGUCAGAACCUCUCGCAGUUCUUUCCCGAGGCCAUCGCUUUCAUCGAUGAGGCCCGUUCCAAGAAGUGUGGGAUCCUGGUUCACUGCCUCGCCGGCAUCAGCCGCUCCGUAACGGUAACUGUUGCCUACUUGAUGCAAAAACUCAACCUCUCCCUGAACGACGCCUAUGACUUUGUGAAGAGGAAAAAAUCCAACAUCUCCCCGAACUUCAACUUCAUGGGCCAGCUGCUGGACUUUGAGAGGACUCUGGGACUCAACAGCCCGUGCGACAACCGCUCGCCCGGCGAACAGCUCUACUUCAGCACCCCCACCAACCACAACCUGUUCCAGCUGAACACCCUGGAGUCCACAUGAAGGGCCCGGAGCGUGGUGGGGACCUCGAGCAUCGCGUCGCUUCUCUUGAGCAUUUCAACUACUCCAAAAGCAUCCGCGUGGCCAGGCAGCUCUGGAAGAACUCGCUUCUCUGAGCAGAGCGGCCUCGAUUGCUGCUUUAAGGAGGCUGAUGCCGUUCCUGAGCAUCCUGGUUGGGAUCAGAGCGGAGAGGUGGUCUUUGGGCAGGGGGUGAUUUAACAGGGGCGAUGUUACGGCGCCCUGGGCGCAGCUGUGACCGGCAAUAACCGCUUUCCUAGGUGCACCGGGACCGUCCGAGGACGCGCGCGCGGCAGGAGCUGCCGCGGGUUAGCUUGCUGUGGAAACCCAGGAGAUUCAUGCACUUGGAAACCUUCAACAAAACGUGUUGGCCCGAGACUGUUUUAAAACCCAAGUUUACUUCUUUUUUUUUUUUUCCUUUUUGAUUUAAAAAAAAAAAAAAAGAUAAAUCUUACUCGAGCUUUGGGUUCAAACUCUUUUAAAAUAUGUAAGUUCCUGACUGUUUGUACAGACGAGGUUGCAAAACCAGUAUUUUAUUCUGUUUCUCGUUCGAUCAUUUAUUAUUAUUUUUUUWAAUCAAAUGUUUAUAUUGACCAAAUGCAUUUUGCACACUUUGUGAAGCCUUGGUAUGUCCUGGCGUAUUACUGGGUACUUCAGAGAGAGAGAUACAUGCUGCUGCUGUUGUUGUUAGCAUCUGGUAGGAAGCUUUGUUACGUGUGAAGGCCAGUGGGGCUUUAGAGGCCACCCCUUCACCACGCCUGCACUCACAAUCACAACCUCUGCACUGAUUCAGCCAAGGUGACUAAGCCACAAGCGUUUUCCUAAGGCCACCCCUGCCAAAAGCAGCGGGUGCCGUUGCCAGAGGUAAAACUCUCGUGUCCUCCGGAGUUGGUAGGAGCGCGUCCGAGCCGAGCGCUCGGUCUUAAUGGCAUCCAGCUGGCCUGAAAUCAUUCCAGCUUCCGAAGCAAAGAAAGUAUUUGUGGUGUUGGCGUCUCUCUUGCACGCGCGGUUCUUUCCCAUGUGUGUGCGCGUGGGGCGGGGGAUCACGGAGAAGGGGAAAAGAUGGAGCGAUCCCGGAGCGGAGCGAGGAUUGUGCAGUGGGCCAGGCCUAACUCGCCACGCUYGGCGCGUGCGAGGCGUUAGAGAGAUGUGGAAAUAACAACAAGAGCGUUGUAACAGAAUUUUUAUAUACAUAUAUAUAAAUAUAUAUAUAUAUUAACUGGCAAAAUCUGAGAUGAUUGGAGCUUUCGACAGAGGUUCUAAUUUCUUUUUCCUUUUUCCUCUUUCAAAUAACUUUAUGCCGUGCCUUCUAUUCUGAGAAGACUUGUUUAUAUUUCUGGCUAGUGUUUGGCAAACACCUUGUACCGAGCUGGGAGGGGGAGGAAGUGGGAAUAAUUUAUGGGAGGAGGGCAGAACGGAUUUGGAGAUUUCUUUAUUGGCUGCAAUGUAGUCCCUCCUUUCUCCCCCCCUCCCUGUCCACUUUAACUCUCAUAUAACUGAAAGAAAAAAAAAAAAAGCCACGGAUUUUUUCUAAAAUAUCCAUUUUUUUGUACUUUUUUCAAAAAAAGGAGAAAAAAUAAUAAUAAAAAAAAGUCUUCUAGAGGAAUGUUUGACGCUGUCACAUCCUGAAACUGUUCUUUUUGUUAAAGAUAUUACCAGAAUGUUGGAAUGAGCUUUUCUCUGGUUUUGUUGGUUUGUUUGUUCAUUGUUGGUUUUCGUUUGCAACAAGGUUUGGAUCGUGGGUCAUUGGAAGGGAGCGUGGGUGUAAGUAUGGCUGCGAGUGAGCAAAUUGAGAAUAAUUGCAUCUUACCUCACGGAGGAAUUUAUUUUUUCAGGGAUUUUUUUGACAGUGCAUCUGUAUUGCAUUACAGCUACGCUGGUUUGUAAAGGCUUCCUGUGCUGUUAGUGGUCUUUCUUCUUUAAAAUUUAAAAAAAGAAAACAAAAAACAAAGAGAUGCGUCUUCUGGAUAGUACAACUGAGCGCUUGUCAGUGAGGAGUGGUUCUGCUU